AUAAAAUUUACAUGUCUAUAUUAUAAAGAGGAAAGUUUUGAUUGUUUGUUUGUUUGUAUUGAAUAGGGUCCAAAACUACUGGACCGAUUUGAUAAAUUCUUUCACAUUUAGAAUACUACAUUUUCCCCGAUGAGCAUAGGCUAUAGAGUAUUUUCAAAAAAGUUCAUAGCUUCCCGUGGGACCCGGACGAGGGGGACUAGGGGCAAAAGUGGUUUAAGGAUGAAGAACGUUUUGUAUGCAGAUUUGGCGACAAGCUAUCUUGGAAACCGGCGCGGCUACGAAAUUUUUAUAUAUGGUGACUUAUCGCUAGUUGGGUGGGCCAUAGCAUCGCUCGAUGGGCAUCGCUCGAUCUAUUAGGUCAUCCCUGUUCAAUCAUCGUAAGAAUUAUUUUCAUCGCACGACAAGGUUGCAUCGUGUCAUCGUAUGAUCGUGGCCAAUUAGGACGACACCACACCCUAAAACCAUUAGAGAAAUAAAAAAAAAACAACACUGUGUUAUGUCCACAUCUAGUUGGCCAUGCAGGAAAUGAGGAAUACAUGAAAUUCUCUCUGUGUUAAACCUACACAAUGUUGAAUAAUGUUAAGGAAGGAUGGGGAUCGCGUCGGAUUUACGUCAUGGUGCUCCUUUGCCCAAUGAUUAGCACGCCGAUGUUCGUCACUUUACCAGGCGUUGCGACCGCACAAGGAGCUACAGGCUACCUGCUGUGCUACACCUUAAUCUAUUUCGCCUUUGGUAUACCCCUUCUUUACAUGGAGUUUAUCAUAAGUCAGUUCACCGCAAGAGACUGCAUUGAUGUUUGGAAAGUUAGCUCAUGUUUAUCGCACAUAGGAUAUAUCCUCAUCUUGUGGCAAAUAUUUCUAGUUAUAAAUAACCAUAUCACGGUUUCUUUUACUUUCCAUUAUCUCCUCAUCAGUUUCGAGAAUCCUGUGCCCUAUUACACCUGUGGCAAAUGGUCCACGCCAUUCUGCGACAUUCUUAAACGAAACUACACUAUCAGUGAAGACUGCAUAAGAUUGAAGAACUCACCGAAAUACUGUGAUGAUCUUUACAAGACUUUUCCCGAACAUCAGUAUUGGAAUUAUAAGGUAUUCACAAAGAAUGAUCCAAUAGCUUGGCGAGUGUGCUUGGCUUCUGCGGUCAUAAGUGUCAUCACAUAUCUUAGCUGUUUUAAAAGGGUAAGAUCUUUGAAACCGUUUGUUACGUUUUAUACACUUUUUCCAAUUUUAGGGUUUACAGUAUUACUUUUGGCAUCGAUGCUCCAAAAAGGUGUGGUGGUGUUAUACCAAGAUGCCUUGGAUACAGAUUUUGAGCAAUUUUUCAAGAGUUUUCGUUUUUCGCUGGCAUUGAUGCAGGUUGUGAUCAAUAUGAGAUUGGGAACAGGAUUAACUUUCAAUUUAGGUGCGAGUGCGCCGUUCCGGGCGCCGUGUUACUCCAACUCGGUCGUGGUGGUGAUCGUGUGCGCGGCGACGACUGCCCUCACAGUUUGCACUAACGCCAUGAUGGCCUGCCCUUACGCCUAUAAUUAUGGUACAAAACCAUUAAAAGUGCUCAACGCCCACAUGUCGCUGAUAUAUGAAAAGAUUCCUCGACUGCUGAAUGAGUACCAAGGCGGGUUUUUUUGGGUAGUGCUUGCACUGACCAGCCUGACACUAAUUGUAAUCAGUACCAAUGUAAUUAUAAUACAUCAUUUGCUGCACGUGGCUGAAUCGAGAAGUGCCAAAAUUGCAAAAUAUCCAGGACUCACGACACUCCUGGUAGUAAUAAUAUUGUAUAUCGUCACUAUUCCUCUUUUGAGUGUUAAGGGGAGAAAGGCCAUGAUGGACUUGAGGCUCAUUUUUAGUUACAUAUCAACAUUCAUGACGUUUCUAGAAACGAUUGUAUUUAUAAUUUGGUACGGAUGGGAUAGAUUUACAGAAGAUGUGCAUUUUAUGCAAGGAAUACAGCCUAAAACCUACAUGAAAUUUGCUUGGUUGUAUUCUAGUGCUGUAUUGAUUUAUGUGUUCUGUUACGAAAUUUAUACAAAGUAUAUCGAAUACACGGGAGGGAUAACAUAUGACGUCGGUUGGAUUGCUUUUAUUUUAUCCAUGGUACUAAUUGUGGGUAUAACACUUCUCAAGUUGGCCGUUGCUGCCUACAAAAGUAAACUUAGUGAAAUGAUUAGUUUGGAUCGAACUUGGGGACCCAGGGAUGAAGUGCUGCAGCGGAGCCGAGCAAUGUUCACAGCGCAGGCAAUGACCAAAGAGUAUUUGUAUAGGCAAUAUCAUUUACAAGCUGGGAUACAGGCACGCCAGAAAUUGUCUAAUUGCAGAACUUAAUGAUUUGUACCAAAUAUUGAUUUCAAAAAGCUAUUGUUUAAUUUGCGCAUUAAAUACUUUAGAAGGUUUCUGCUAAGGCACGUGGACUAUAUAUUAUGACUCAUUGUAUAUUAUUGCCUAUAGCUAUAAAUAUUAAACUUGUAUCAACUAUUACGUAAUACUUUAAGACGUCUAUGAGUCACCUCCGAAAAUAUUAAAAUAUAUGUAUCUACUGGUUUGUA